AUGUGGGCGCCGGCGCAGCCGGGAACCGCGCGGGUAGCCAUGGCGGAGCUGCAGCAGCUCCGGGUGCAGGAGGCGGUGGACUCUAUGGUGAAGAGUCUGGAGAGGGAGAAUAUCCGGAAGAUGCAGGGCCUUAUGUUCCGGUGCAGCGCCGCCUGUUGUGAGGAAAGCCAGGCGUCUAUGCAGCAAGUGCACCAGUGCAUUGAGCGCUGCCACGCACCUCUGGCUCAAGCCCAGGCCCUGGUGACCAGCGAGUUGGAGAAGUUCCAGGACCGCCUGGCCCGGUGCACUAUGUACUGCAAUGACAAGGCCAAAGAUUCGAUCGAUGCAGGGAGUAAGGAGCUUCACGUGAAGCGGCAGCUGGAGACCUGCGUGACCAAGUGUGUGGAUGACCACAUGAACCUCAUCCCAACCAUGACCAGGAAGAUGAAGGAGUCCCUCUCUUCCAUUGGGAAAUAGCUGUCUGCUAGUGGCCAUCAGGGCUGAGGGCAGGAAUCAAUUUAAAAAGAGGAAUGGGGAUUUGGGUCUUUUAAGGAGAGUUGAUGAAUGAGGAAAUUAAGAACAGCAGCAAGUCCAAGGCCUGUGUUUCUUUCCUCUGGACGCUGGUUCCUUUGUGUUUUAAUCCUAGAAAGUGAAAUGGAUAAAAAGCAGUGCUAAAAUUUGGGUCACAGAUAGCACAGGAGGUUUGUUGUGAGCCUGAAUUUCAUGUGGCAAGUACUUCUCCUGCCAAUAGGGAGUCCCCCCUGUACCAAACCAGGGCCCUCCAAGGUACCAGAUCCUCUUACUGCACAGAUACCAAGAGGCUGGCAGGUUCACGUAACCAGCUUAUGGUCUAGUGGAGUAUGAAAGGAGGUGUUUCUGUUUGGUGUCCACCUGCUGUUUACCAGAAGGAUCACUACAACAUUUUCCACAAACGAAUAAAAUCCAUGCAGUCACUAAUGUAGAAAGGGGCAGGGGUCUUCCAGGGGGUUUGUUUUGCUUGUUUUUCUUUUAUAGGCAAGGGCAUGACGUUAAGAUGUAAAGUUGGGAGAGGCAGUUUGGAUAAAAACGUUGAAAUGGUCCCUGCAGGUACUCCUUUCUGACCAUCAAGAUGUGGAUGUGUGUUUCUUAAAAUUCUCACACAUCACAUCAUUCAGCCAGGAGACCCUGCAAAAUUGUAAGAAGCGAUCUCACACUGGUAAGGGAAGCAAGUGCUCUCCCUCUCACUGGCAGCCAUGGGCCCUGAGGCCGCCUGCAGCAGAGUCAGCAAGCUACCAGACAAUCUUACAGUGACACUCAGCCUUGAAGGGAAAUGGGGUUUUGACAGUAUAAUAUGCUCAUAUUCAGGAAUGAACAGUGAAAGAGGAACUAUUAGCUACUUCAUUAAGAGGGUUGUGAAGGACGGGCUUUGGAAAAAUCUGUUUCUCAUGAAACAGAAUGAAAGCCUAAACCCAGUGUUGCUUACUUUGCCCCCUGAAAUAACAGCUUUGUUGAGACAAUCCCCUGGCAACAAAAAAAAAUUCAAGGGAGGAAAAGUAAGCAACUCAGGGAUGAACUGUGGCUCCUUUAGAGCGAUGAAGGGACUGCCCUCCAUUACCAAAUACCACUUCUGCCAGGGCCUUUGCUACACGCGUUGUUCUUGCCCCAGUUCUGGCCCCUUAUCAUUGUGAUAAGGACUUUGUCUUUUUACCAACUUACUACUUGAAAUGAUAAUAUUGUCUGUUUGCUGUAUCAAGACUGUGAUAUAUUUUCCUAGUGGUUUGGUUUUCACAAUAAAUAAGACUUA